AGGGAGUGACAGAGUUCUGGGAAAAGCUGAUGUACCUCCAGCGAGUGUCACCGAUCCGGAGCGGAGUGCUGGAAGCCCACACACACACACCACACUCAGUACGAUCCGGGAUUAUCGGGGUCACCCAGUGGAAGGAAUAUGGGGAGUGAUCGCUGCUGUACAAUCAUCCUGAGCCUAUGGAUGUCCAUAUAUUUCCUGCCGGGAUCCUGGGCUAAGAAGCAGGAUUACCUCCCACCACCAACCAACCUGACUUUUGGAAUGGAUGGAAUGUUUUGUCUUGUUUUGCAGUGGAGUCCCUCUGAAAACACAGCUAACUGCUCUAUAAAAUAUUCUAAAAUCUUUUCUGCAAAGAAUGUUACGCCACGAGCAAGAGGGUCAAGUACAAAUUUGACAGCGCAUGUUAAAAAAGUUGAUUUAAAUAAAGAAAUUCUCUUUACUGUUCAAGCUGAGUGUGACAAUACAAACAUCUUCAGUAACAAUACAACUCUCCCUGUACAGAUAGCAACAGGUAAAGGUAAUCCAAAUACUUCAGUGAGAAACUUCAGCUGCAUUUGGUACUAUCCUGAAUAUGUUCAAUGCACCUGGACACCAGGAAUAGAUGUUCCUUCAAAUGUCAACUACACCCUAAUUUACUGGACGAGUGUGGAAUCAUCAUGUCGUUUUAAUUUUUCACAGCCUAAACAGUUUCAUGAUUUAUUACCGACAGGGAGUUCCUGCUCUAACUAUACCUAUAGCAAUGGAAUUCCUACCGGGUGCCAGUUUAAAUUUCAAAAAUUGAUUACUACAUUUAGCAAACUGGUAACAGCAGUGUCAGACUGGUCAAAGGAGGUCAAGCCAUACCUCUACUAUGUGGGUGCCAAUGACAUAGCAAAAUUAAAGCCUCCAGUCAUACGUGCCCACCGCACUACAAAUGGCAAUAUACACAUCAGCUGGAAUGACACGGAAGUGUAUAAAGAUGUGCUACAUGAAGUCCUAGUACAAAAAUCUAAUAGUGAAAUUCAUGAAACUUACAAGGAUAUUAUAGGUUUAAGCAAAGAAAUUCCCAAUGCUGCUUCUGAUGUCACAUACACUGUGAAAGUACGGGCGAGGUUAUCACGAUAUUCCACAGAGUCAGACGGCCAUUUUAUUUGGAGUGACUGGAGUGAAGUGCAAACAUUGCAAGGAGUGAGCAAUGGGCGAGAUAUAUCCAUCCUAUUACUUCUAUUAAUACCAGCAAUAAUUAUUGUUGCAGCAGUCAUCCUGCUCAUUUACAUGAGAAGGUUGAAGAUUUUGAUUUUCCCUCGAGUUCCUGACCCUGGCAAAGUGUUAUCCAGUGACUUGCAGCAGUGGCUUAAGAAUGGCAGAACUGUAUACAAUGAGCCGAGGAAGGAAGAGAUAUGUCCUAUCUCUAUGUUGGAAACCCCUCUAACAUCUCCGCCCGUGGAAUAGCUCUACAUUCUUCUAACCAAAUGGAAAAUGUGAAGACAAUUUCUAUUCUGGUCGUUAGGUUUACAUCUCAUGACAGCUGAAAGUUAAACACAAGCAUUGUUGCAACUGAUCACUGCCGUGGUUUUCGAACUCUGGACUCAGGUGAUGAGGAAAAGAACUCCACUUUGUGUAUAUAUCCACCAAGUAGAGCUAAUGCUUCUGACCUCUCAUCAACAGACGGGGAGGCGGGGGGGCUGAGCUUUCCUAUGAUGGGAACCAUUAUAUUACCUCCUGUUGUGUCCGUGUUACGUAAAGCUGAUAAGGUAGCCAGUCUCAGUACUUGAGGUCAUACAUACUUACAUACUAUAAAAUACUCAGGAAAAAAAUGUAUUGGCCUGGCCACCAAUGUUGCAGAUGAAUGCAACAGCAGAAAUUAAAGGGAGGUGUAGUGUUUGCUAAGAAAAAGAACAGGACACUCUAUAGCUUAAAGCGGAGGUUCACCCAUAGCGAACACCUUUUCCCCUUAGCUUCAUGCUCGUUUUGUC